AUGAGAUCAGCAUGUCCCAUAUCAUCGACUAAUGAUCUCAUCCUCGAAAUCUUGUCGAGGUUGCCUUCAAAGUCAGUGGCGAGGUUUCGUUGCGUGUCAAAGCAAUGGGCAUCAAUGUUUGGUAGUCCAUAUUUCAAGGAGUUGUUCUUGACCAGGUCCUCGGCUAAUCCACGUCUCUUAUUCGCCAUCGCAGAGAACAGCAACAGGGGCGAAAACGCAGAAGGUGGCUGUGGUGUGUGGAGCUUCUUCUCGUUACCUCAGCUUGAGAAUCCAUAUGAGAAAUCUUCAUCGACUCUUGUAGCAGCCGCCGAAUUUCAUGUGAAGUUCUCACCAGACAAUUUAAUGAUCAAUCAUUUUUUCGACCUAAAAUUUUUUUCAUGUGGCUACGCCUCUGGCUUGUUUUAUAUCCAUGGUAGUAGAUACCAGGGUCGACCUCUGAUAUGUAACCCAAUCACAGGACGGUAUGCGAUCACACCUAAUCGGUAUACUUACAGAAAGGCGUAUAGUUUUUUCGGGUUUGACCCGAUUGACAAGCAAUACAAGGCCUUGUCCAUAACUUAUCCAUCUGGUCCUGGUCGUGAUAAAGUUCUUUCAUUUGGAGAUGGAGAUAUGAAGUGGAGAAAGGUUAAAUGUUCCUUAGGACAUGAUGUUAGAAGUGAAGGGGUAUGUAUCAAUGGGGUUUUGUAUUACUUAGGUGACAAGUCGGUUGUCUUUAGUUUUGCUGGUGAUCCAAAUUUUCAUGAUUAUGUGAUAGUUUGCUUUGAUGCUAGGUCUGAGAAAUUCACUUUUAUUGAGGUAGAAAGGUUUUGUCGAUUGAUAAACUAUAAGGGCAAAUUAGCUGUGAUUUAUUGGGAGGAUGAUGUCGAUGUUCAUGCGCUUUAUUAUUUGGGGGAGGAUGUCGACACUUAUUUGGAGAAAAAUCUCGACGUUGGUGCCACUAAUGAGCUGCAUGUGUGGAUUCUAGAGGAUGUUGAGAAACAAGAAUGGUCCAAACAUGCCUACACUUGGACCGAUGAUGAAUUCUCCCGUCGUUGUGUUUCCAUAGCUGGAGUGACCGCUUCUGGUGAAAUAGUGUUUUCGAUGCGCAAGUAUACACCUAAAAAACCGUUUUACGUUUUCUACUUCAAUCCUGAAAGAGAGACCCUCCAACGUGUUGAGAUCCAUGGUUUUGGUAAAGCUACUAACAAAUGUUGUAGCGUUUGCACCUAUGCAAACCACGUAGAGGAUCUUGAUGUUAAUGAUUUAGAACUACUCAAGUCAUUUUAUCCUCUACUGGGUAAGCCUAAAUGUAUAGGAGAAUCAGAUUCAGAAUCAGAUUUAGAAUCAGAUUCAGAAUCAGUCUAA